UUGGCAACCACUUCCUCUGAGCAUCAACGGCCAUCUUUAAUUGUAACUCAUUCAUGAAAAGUUGUUGUCGAUCAAAUAAAACGCGCAAACCGACCCGUUUGCGCACGAAGCGGCGUCGUCGGCGCUGUUCGCGUGCGGUUCGCAUAAAGCGGAAGCAGAUCAGAAGCGGAGCGGCUGUCCGCAGAGAAUAAGUAAACACCGAGCGCAAUGAGAAAGAAGCAGACUGCCAAGCAGAGGAAGACUGAGGAGACUUCAGUGGUCCAAGAGUUUGUGGUGGAGAAAAUAAUUCGCCGUAGAGUAUUAAAUGGCAGAGUGGAGUACUUCCUGAAGUGGAAAGGCUUCACCGAUGCAGAUAACACGUGGGAGCCUGAGGAUAACCUGGACUGUCCCGGGCUCAUUCAGGAGUUUCUGAGAGACGCUGAUCUAUCGAAGGAGGCUGAAGAGGAGCAAAGUGAGCAGCAGGUCAUCAAGGAAGACAUGGCAGAGCAGGAGACGGAAAUUCAACAGAGCAACAACAGCGUCCUAAAACCAGAUGAUGAGGAGUCGGACGCCCCCACUGACCUCAGCAAUUACCUCGAGCCUGAAUGCAUUAUUGGCUCCACGGACAGAAAGGGAGAGCUCAUGUUCUUAGUCAAAUGGAAGAACUCCGAUGAUGUGGCCCUGCUGUCGGCCCGUGAAGCAAGCGCCAGAUGUCCACAGGUGGUCAUUGACUUCUACGAACAGAAGUUUACCUGGGACUGCAGGGACGAGAAGCAGUGAACAGGGAAACAACAAAAAAAAAUCCUGUUUUUGUAUACUGAGGACUGCUGAUAAACAACUGCGCUUCCACCUCAAGUUUAGUUUCUCCUCCAUCAGCUGACAUUAAAGGCUUGCUGCAGGUGGGGUUUUAGACUUGCAGCUGUGAGAUCCUCAGCAUGUGAUGGGGUUUUAAAUGACUCCCAGCUCUGUGGUGCUCAGCAAGGUCUCUGCCUAUAUGGACACAGAAAUGGAGACUAAAACUAACUAUAGUUGAUUUUUAUCUUAUUUUAUUCUUUAACUAACCUGCUGCUGCAUUCCUGUUGGAAGAUUAUGUAGCAGAUUCUGUCACUGUGGACGUGUUUUGCUUUAAAGAUAUCGUUAGAUUUUUGUUUUGAAAACCUGUUUAGCAAGAAGUCCUCGGAAGUUUGUGUUGUGUUUAAUGUUAGCAGAGUAAGCUAACUGCAGUUCAGUGCACAUUUAGCCUGUGUUUAGAUCUAAAGAGUAAACCUGUUUUGUUUUUAUUAGUUUUGUGGUUUUUUGUUUGUUUUUUGUUGUGUUUUUGGAUUUUCAUCAUAUGUGGUGUGAAUUAAAAAUGUGUUCUUUAUGUGACCCUCCAGGUUUGUUUUUUUUGAAUAUAGAAACCACUGUCCCACAUUCUCCUAUCCAGAAAUCUGCAGCCUUUCUCACAGGUUGUACUUUCUUAUAUCUAAUUAGAUAAUUUUACAAAUCUGCCAACUUUUUCCUGGAAAAAAAGUAGAUAUUUUUUUCAUCCUUCGGAUCGGCCAUUUGUAAUGUGUUGGAGUUGCAGUGCUGUUUUUUUAUUUUUUACAGGCAUUAGAAUUUUGCAAAAAUACUUAUUUGAUCCUUUCAUCUAUUGAGAAAUCUUGGCAGAAUAAUUCAGAAUAGAUUGCAUUUGUUCCCUUUGAGCAUUUAAACUUUAACCAUCCCCUAAAAGAUUUAUUUCAUUGCACUUUAUUUUAGAGACUGUAUACAUUUACACAGAGCUGAGUCACUCCUGUAAUGACUCAGCUGUUUGUAGUAGAUAACUGUGUUCUGAAGGCACUGAUGUGACUUUACAUAUCUCCCAUGACUGUUAUGGGACACCAACCCAAACCUUAAACCUCUUUAAACACACCUGCUGAUCUGCUGUAACUGUUGACCUGAAUCUGUGAAAUCUGCAAAUAAAACUUUUUAUAACCUCAUCCCUUCUUCAAACGCCUUGAAUGCACCAGUUCUAUGUUCACAUUGAUUUGCCUCUUAAAAAUC